AUGCCCCCCCAGGACGAGCCCCAAUGCUGCAAAGACAAUUUCUACGAGGACCUGCAGGCUCACCUGACGAAUAUGUCAAAGGCGGACAAGUCGAUUGUCCUCGGUGAAUUCAACGCAUGCGUCGAAACAGACCAUGCAGUAUGGCAAGGAGUGCUAGGUCUCCAUGGUCUCUUCGGCUCCAACGACGACUGCAUGUUCCGUUCCCGCACAUUCGCAAAACACCGGCUCAUCCUGACGAGCACCUUCUUCUGUCUGCCGGAGCGAGAGAAGGCCACCUGGAGGCAUCCUCGGUCGCGUGAGUGGCACCUGCUGGACUAUGUCCUCGUCCGGAGGCGAGACCAGCGGGACGUACUCGUGGCAAAGGCGGUCGCGGGUUCUGACGGGUGGACCGACCAUCGCCUCGUCAUCUCGAAGACGCGUAUUCGCCUACAGCCUCACAGGAGACCACAAGGUAAGCGACCCUCAGGUAAGCUGAAUAAUGCCUUGUUGUCUUUGCCCGCUCAUCAUCUUCAUUUCAGCCAUGAGCUAGCUCGACGGUUAGACAACCUUCCAGUCGCUGCCGCCUCUGCUGACGAGGACGCCUCCGUAAAAAAACUCAUGGUAUCAACUGCGGGGCACAGUCCAGUCGAUGGCGCUGGCCGUCCUCUGUCGGGCACGCCGCCAACACCAGGACUGAUUCAUCGACAACGACGCUGCCAUUAACAACCUGCUCGCCGAGAAGAACCGCUUACACAAAGCCUACGCAGACCACCCCACCGAAGACAACAGAUCUGCAUUCUACUGCAGUCGUCGCCCUAUGCAACAGCGACUGCAUGAGAUGUAGGACGCCUGAACGGCUUGCAAGCCUGAGGAGGUCCAAGGGCACGCAGAUCGCAACGAAUAGAAGAACUUCUUCUCCGCGAUCGAAGCUGUCUACGGUCCGCCGACGAAGGGCACUGCCCCUCUCCUCAAUGCCGACGGCAGUACCCUCCCCACCGAGAAGACUCAAAUCUUACAGCGAUGGGACGAGCACUUCGGAGGCGUCCGCAACCGCCCCUCCACCACCUCCGACGCCGCCAUCGCCCGUUUGCCGCAAUUGGAGACCAACUCAGACCUAGACCUCCUGUCCUCUCCCCAGGAAACCAGCAGGGCCGAGCAGCAGCUCUCCAUCGGGAAGGACCGGCCGCGAUCCCUGCUGAUAACUACAGGCACGGUGGCCUCCAACUCAUGGAGCAUUCGACGUCGCUCUUCCAGGAGAUGUGGCGUCAAGGAGACGUCUCACAAGAUUUCAAAGAUGCCACUAUCGUUCAUCUGUAGGAGCGGAAAGGAAACCGCCAGCUCUGCGACAAUCAUCGACACAUCUCCUUACAAAACAUCAUCGGGAAAAUCUUUGCUCGCAUCCUCCUCAACCGCCUGA